AUGCGCCAAAUAUCCUACUCAUCGCUAAUCAUCGCCAUUCAUCUCACAGAUGAGGAUCUCCUCACGCGCCGUCGUCUGGGCAAGACUAAUCUGUCAGUUAAGCCGUCCCAAAUCGGCACCUCAAAUGCGACCAAGCGUGAGAACCUCGGUGUGUUUGAGUACGCGCACCUACGUGCCCCAUUGCCCAAGGACCUGAAGGGCUCAGAGAUUUUCCCUUCGCACACCCUAGCUCAACAGCCCGAAACCUACUUUUUGAUGCGACGCAGCAAGGAUGGCUUCGUUAGCGCUACUGGAAUGUUCAAGAUCGCAUUCCCUUGGGCGAAGGCCGAGGAAGAGAGAACUGAGCGUGAAUACUUGAAGGCGCGCGAGCACACCAGCGAGGAGGAAGUGGCUGGCAACGUGUGGAUUUCUCCUGGAUUUGCUCUUGAACUUUCCAAGGAAUACAAAAUGUACGAAUGGGUGCGAGCUUUGCUGGACCCAAGCGACAUUGCCCAAAGCCCGUCCAGCGCGAAGAAGCAGAUUACUCCCCCUCCCAAAUUUGAAAUCCCCGAAGACGAGCCGCCUGUCGGACACCGCCACCGCAGAGGUCGCUCUGCUUCCCCGAGCAAGUCGUCUCCCCGCAAGUCUCGCACCACUCGCAUCACCAAGGAUGUCACCAGCACCCCAUCCACAAAUGCCGCCAAUGCCAGCUUGCAGUCCACCUUGGAUAUCUCGGUCUCAACUGCUACUCUGGAUGCCGGCACAAUCCCCGAGCUGGAAGCCGAUACCCUGUCUGAACUGAAGUCUGCUGGGUCGCCGUCUAAGAAACCUCGAGCCCGGAAGACCACUCGGGCUACCACUGCGGAGCCUGAAGAAGAGACCAAGGAAGAAGCGAAGGAAGAAAAGACGGAGAAGAAAAAAGUGGAGAAAAAGACAGAGAAGAAAGAAAAGAAGAAGGAAGAACCCCAGGCAGAGCCGGAAGUUGAAGUUGCAGUAGCCACCGAAACCGCUGCCGAGGAUACUCACACCACUGAGGCUGUUCAGCCCACCAUUUCUCUUGAUCUGCCUAUCAGCCUUCCUGAAGUCCCAUCUGCAGCUGAGACCCAGGAAAUGAUUGCCAAGGCCAAGAGCAUGGUUGAAGACGCCAUCAAGGCGCAGGCCGAUGGCACUCCUGUUAAGUCAGCUGUGACGGUGACAAAGAAGCGCAAGCCCGAGGAUGAUGAGGAGGAGGAAACCUCGGCUGAAGCCCGUCAGCGGGCUAAGAAAGCCAGAGUGCUCGAGAACAAGCUCAAGCAAGAGCGUGUGCGCAACCGCUCCAUCUUUGGAGUCUCAGUUGCAUUUGCCCUUGCUGCCUCGAUUCCCUACUUCUUUUGA